AGCCACAUCUUCAUCUGUUCUCCAUUUCCAAAAAGCCACCAAAUCGACCGAUCCAAACAGAGGGACAAAGUCGAGUGAGAAAGAGAGGAGAGUUGCGUUGGGUGUACUUAGAGCUCGAUCAAUCGAGGGGUCUCUAGCUACUUCCAUGGAAUCCAUCAGCGGAGGACGUGUGAGUAGUAGCACUAUCAACAAUACACCUUCCACCGCAGAUCAAAAGGUGGCUGUUGUUGACCCCAUAUCUCUUGAUUUCCGCAAAGCCAUCUCGUCGGUUCUUUCGCGGUGGAAUGGCCUCGAAAUGGCUGUCCAGAACCAGUGGGGUGGCCGAGACUCCACCCACAAAGCUCAGCAGCUCUCUGCCGAUAUUCAAUCUUGGUUCUCUCAAUCCAAAGCAGCACCACGUUACGUGGAAGAUCUAGAAAAUUUGCUCCAUGAACGUAUGAUUCUCUCCUUCAACACAGACAUUGAAGAUGGCAGCAUUGAGGAGGUGGCUGAGCAAUUGAUGAUUGUACAUGAGGAAUACUUGCAUGGAAACCAUUAAUUGGAUCGAUAUCAUCACCUACUCCAGCGAUUUUCUAAUUAGGAGCACACAGGUAGUUCGUAGAGUGAUUCAAGAGAAAUAGGAGCUUAAAGGGAGAAACUAAGCCAUAGAUCAUGAAGUACUGAUGCAGAGGACCAAUUUUGAUCAACCAUUUGGCCAGAAAUUACAAGGGAAAUCCACGGAAAUCGUUGUGCAAAACAGUUGCUGCAAAGCAGAAAACUGCAGUUUCAGAAUCAGCUUUCUGGGAACGGUUUUGAGAAGCAAUUCUUGCACCCUUCCAGAUGCUCCUUUGAAUAAAGGGCCAGUGAUCCUUGAAUAAAUGAUGUUAUACUUAAACUACAGCCAAAGAACUGGUCAGAAGUGCCAACAAGGCAGUAGGAAAUCAAAGUCGAAGUAUGCUUCCCGAUAAGGCAGAAACUGUCAGCUUUUCACGAAGCUUUUUGGGAGAUCUUUUCCGGCCAUUU